CGAACCUAUGCCCAGAAGCUGCAGGUGAACCGGCUCCGCGCCCAUGUCGACCAGAGAGCGCGCCUGGGCUGGUACAAGAUGACCCGCGGGCAGAAAAUCUUGCUCGUCGAACCGCACGUCGCAGAAGCCAUCUACAACGACUUUGUAGCCCACCAAGAGCGGAAGGAAUAUGGAAAGCUCGUCACGCAGCUCAUGACAAAAUACAACGUCUCAUCCGAGCACCUGUCCGGCCUGGCACUGAUGACCUACUCGAUCCCGGAUCUCUCAGACGCCGCCAAACGCGCCAUGCUGCCCCCCAGCCCGCACAAGGCAAACGCAGCGCUGCUCCUCCAAGGCUGCGCAGACAUCGGGGACCCCCUCGCCGUCAAGCACAUCCUGGCCGCCGUCUACCUCAGCACCCACACCGCCGCCGCCGCCCCGGGCGCGCGCGACCUGGCCCUCCGGUUCCCCAGGCCCGCCCUGGCCGCGUACCGCACCGUCCUCGCGACGCUGCAGCUCGGCGGCACCCCCGACCCGGAAGCCCUGACGCUGCACGGCCAGUUUCUGGAGAGAGAAAACCGGCUCGCCUCUGCCCGCGCCGCCUACGAGAAAGCCCUGCAGGUGCCCUGGGUCUACGCCUACAGCGCGCAGGCCCGCCAUCCAGCCCAGCUCCCCGUCAUGGCGCCGUGGAACGCGCUGGGCUACCUGCUGCGCGGCGUCGCGCGCGACGCCGCCGCCCGCGAGCAAGCGAGGCGCGCCUUUGAGCUCGGCGCCGCAAAGGGCGACGAUCCGCUGUCCUACUACGAGCUCUCGCUGUUCUGCGAGCCCGGCACCGUCGACUGGCUCAGGUGCGUGACCAAGGCUGCCGCGUCCGGGCACAGGGACGCCAUGCUGCAGGUUGCCCUGUUCCACCGCCGGCUGUCCGAGUCGGCUGCGCCUCGCCCGGGCGCGCCCGCAGCCGCGCUCCGAUCCGCUCUGGGCUGGUUGCUGGGCUGGCGCGAGGGGAGCGCCGCGAGACUCGCCGUCGAGUGGUUCGAAGCCGCGGGCAACGCGGGACACAAGGCUGCGCUGCUGCACCUGGCCGAGUGGCACGAGGCGACUGGGAGGACCGAGGAGGCCCGCCAAGUCUUGGACAGAAUCGUGGAACCGAGUGAGAGCGGCACGGAAGAGGAGUUUCCUGCCGUUGUGCACAAGGCCAAGGGCAAGCUUGUCGGCCUC